AUGGCGUCCGCAACAGAGGGCAAAUCCAACCUCUCCUUCGUCCUCAACAAGCCUCACGAUGUCUGCUUUGAGGAGCGCCCGAUGCCCAAGCUCGCCUCCGAGCACGACGUCCUUGUCGCCGUAAACUACACGGGCAUCUGCGGCUCCGAUGUUCACUACUGGCACCAUGGCUCCAUCGGCGACUUUGUCGUCAAGGACCCCAUGGUCCUAGGCCACGAGUCGGCCGGUACCGUCGUCGAGGUUGGCUCCGCCGUAAAGACGCUCCAGGUCGGCGACCGCGUCGCCCUCGAGCCGGGCUACCCCUGCCGCCGCUGCCGCGACUGCCUCGCCGGCCGCUACAACCUCUGCCCAGAGAUGCGUUUCGCCGCCACCCCGCCCUACGACGGCACCCUGGCCGGCUUCUGGACCGCGCCCGCCGAUUUCUGCUACAAGCUGCCCGAGUCGGUCAGCCUGCAGGAGGGCGCCAUGAUCGAGCCGCUGGCCGUCGGCGUGCACAUUGUCCGCCAGGCCAAGGUGUCUCCGGGACAGAGCGUCGUGGUCAUGGGCGCUGGGCCGGUGGGCCUGCUGUGCGCCGCCGUCGCCCGGGCCUUUGGCGCCUCCACCGUGGUCAGCGUCGACAUUGUCGAGUCCAAGCUCGAUGUGGCCAAGCAGAUCGCCGCCACGCACACGUACCUGUCGCAGCGCAUCUCGCCGCAGGAAAACGCAAAGGCCCUGAUCGCCGCCGCCGGCCUCGAGGCCAACGGCGGUGCCGACGUUGUCAUCGACGCCACCGGCGCCGAGCCCUCGAUCCAGACCAGCAUUCACGCCGUGCGCGUCGGAGGCUCCUACGUCCAGGGCGGCAUGGGCAAGCCCGACAUCAGCUUCCCCAUCCUCGCCUUCUGCUGCAAGGAGGUCACGGCCAGCGGCUCCUUCCGCUACUCGGCCGGCGACUACAGGCUCGCCAUCGACCUGGUGGCCAACGGCAAGGUCAACCUCAAGGCCCUCAUCACCGAGACGGUGCCGUUUGACAAGGCCCAAGAGGCCUUUACCAAGGUUAGCGAGGGGCAGGUCAUCAAGGUGCUGAUUGCUGGGCCUAAUGAGAAAUAA